AUGGGAAUAAUUGAUUCAUUUUCAUCAUCAUUUGAAUCUCUUGUAUCUGGUUUAUUAUCACCACAUUGUUAUAAUGAAUUAGUAGUGGAACAACAUUUUUUUGAUAUGGGAUGUAAUAAAAUGUUAUUAAGUAAAAUACUUGGUUAUGCGAUAUUAGUUGGUUCAUUAUUGGUUAAACUACCUCAAAUAGUUAAAAUCAAAUGGAAUAAAUCAGGUGUUGGAGUUAGUGUAUUAGCUGAAACAAUUAUGUUAGCAGCUAUAUUUGGAUCAAUGGCCUAUGGUUAUACAUCAGAAUUUCCACUGUCAGCUUAUGGAGAUUCAUAUUUUCUUUUUAUUCAAACAAUUUUAGUUAUUUUAUUAGUACUUUAUUAUCAACGAAAAUAUGCAGCAGCUGUUACGUAUUUAGUUUUAUGCAGUGUUGUUACCGUUUUAAUGUAUCAAAAAUUACUUCCUGCUGAAUUAGUUAGCAUUUUAGCUGGUUUAUCACUUGUAUUCAGUUUAAUCAGUCGUUUUUAUCAGUCAUAUUGCAUAUAUCAGGCUAAAUCAACUGGUAAUCUUUCUGCAAUUACAAUGUUAAUGUUAUUUUUUGGUUCAAUCGCACGAAUAUUCACAUCAAUUCAAGAAACAGGAGAUCCAACACUUAUUUGGACAUAUAUAUUAAAUACAUUUGCUAAUUCUUUAUUGAUAUUUCAAUUGGGAUAUUAUUGGUCAGCUCCUGCGCCAAUAUCGGAACAAACGAAAAAAGUUCAAUAA